UCUAGUAGUGGAGGUACUUGUAGAUUAUAAGCGAUCAAAGUGGGGAGUACAGAGAGCUAUAUUAAGUUCAAAAUGGUGUAAAUCGAGUAUAGGUUAUUUCAGUAAAUUGUUUUAUGGUAGAUACUCUGCAAUGAAAACAACGGGUUAGCCCUGAUAACCUCACUUCGGCAUCAAAUAUCGACUCAUGCCACGAUUUAUUGCUACCAACGCACCGCACGUAAAAAUUCAAAUUUCUCCUGUCGAAGACGCGACGUUCGAUACAUUUCAAAUUUACGACGUCAUCUUGAGACAACACACGCAAUUUCCGGAAAGCAUUUCGAGAUUACACGGGAACUCUCUGCGACUAUUUUGUUUAAUCGAGUACACUUAAACCGCUGUAACGAGGGGGGAUUUUCUAUUGUAAAAAAAAUUGGAGCCACAUUAGAUUCUGCCACCGUGAAAUUGGUCGCCGUGUGGCUUUUCUAUUAUCUGGAAACCCUUUAGAGAACAGCUAUUAACUUUCGCUAUUGUUUGGUGAGUAGUUGUAGUUCCGAAUUUAAUUUUAAAGUUUUUUGUGGGGCUUUGUAAACGUUAUACUCGUUUAUGUAAAAGGAUCUAGGUGAAAAUGGAAAUUCCAGUUUCAAAGGGACAAUUAGUAAUUUAUGAGUUGGAAAAUGACCUGUAUGAAAAUGUAAUGCUUAUUCGGACGACUUUUGUUGAACACUCUGGUGGAGAGUUAAACGAUGCGUCAAGUACUUUCAAGCACUCAGAAUAAUCUCAGCAUUUUGACCUCUGGGCUUCAAGGCUCGUGUUUUAGACCACGUGAAAAUUUGCCUCUGUUCCUGAAAUGGCUUCUCUGACUAGAAAUUGUGAAUAAUAUUGAUAGCGAUUUAGCACUAGUACUAAAACACAUAAAGAGAGAGGGAUAUAAUCACUCGCACAAUUUAAAUUUUAAUGAUACAGAAAAUAAGAGAAAGACGCCGAAGUUUGAAAAUUCCUCCCGUCUGCAUACAUAAAGUGCAACAAAGUAGAAUCAUUGAAUAAAAACACUAUUUAUUCAAUGGUAGAAUCCAUUUCAGUUUGUGCAAUCCAUCGAGUCGUUUACCCUUCCGAGUGACUUAUUUAAUUCCGAUUGAAGCUGUGGAAUAUUAAAAACAGUGUAACACUGCUGUGCGGAGACAAUGUUUGUUUGCCCCAGGGCCCCUAUAGGCAUAGAGUAUCGAAUUAAACGAACUUUUCCGUAACUAUGAAAAUUGAAUGGACGUUAAUUAUACCUACUGAUUAAAUUGUGAAUGUGCAUUUAAUUGAUAAUAAUUGCGGGUUUAUCAAAGCGCCAAUCUAGAUUACGUUCGAUACUUAAUUAUCAAAUUGUCGUCAUAAAUUGUGCCCGCGAGUCGAAAAGCUCAUUCAAAUUUAAAGCACAGCCAUAAAUGUAGAGGAGCAUCCACGAAAUGGGGGCGCGCAGCAGAAAUGAGGUGGAUCGGACAUGAAGAAUGAAAGUUUAUCAACCUACUGCCUUGUCUUAAAAUCAACGUUUACAAAUUGGGUUCAUAAAACAACUUUGAUUAAGUUUCAACGCCCCAUAAGAGGGUAGUUUAAGUUAUUCUCUCUUUUACGUCUCGCACAUAUAUGGAAUUUAGCCGGUAACUAAUCCACGUAUUUGGGGAGCUGUAUCAACGUGAUAUUCGCGAGGAUUAUUCUGUUUAAAAUAGUUCCGCCCUGUUUAAAUACUCAUGUCGUUGUUACUUUAUCUUGCUGACAAAGUAAUUUGCUGACAUUAAUUUGCGCCUCAGUGUAGGUACUAGUCAAUUACAUUAUCUACACGAUUUUGUCCCAUUCUUUGGGUGUAAAGAAGAAAGAAAAUCAUCCUAAAUCUGUUUUUCGCGACCAGUUAAAUUUUAAAGUUAAAAACUUGUUCCAAAAAUUGUAUACCCCUGAAGAUUUUCCUCUCCGUCGAGGACGGCGUUGCGCAAAGAAGGGGGAUGGGGAUGUUUUCCGGUUGUCAUUGAUCGUUCUAGCAUGAAAACCCUUUUCACGUGAUCUAAGUGCGAAUUUUUGGACGCAUUGAAAGAAAUCUCCACAGAGAAAAUAGUUAAGUUAAGGUUCGAAAUUCAAGUUUUUGUUUUCUUCCAAAUGCACGAUAAUUUUUUUUAUGUGAAUUUUCAAAAAGCGUACGAUUAGAAAUACUUAGAAAUGUCUACGCUGAAACUCGACGAUCCAAAAAAAAUAGUCAAAAGUCGAAUUGUUAAUUUCAACGGCCAUCUUUAAUUAUUAAUUACUUAAUUCCCUCCCUAUGAAUCAAACAAGAGCUAGAGUAAUAGAUCAAAUCCCAUUUUUUUCUAAUAUGCUAGAUUUUUCCACGUUGCCGAAUUAGAAGUUGUAACCCUAAUUAAGAGGACUGAACAUGAUCUAAAUUCUCGACGUCUAGUCGCCCAGAUUUCUGAAGUCUAUUAAUAAAACGAUGCUCUACAGAAAUCAAACGACGCAGACAAGACGGGCAUAAAUUCCACCACGGCUUACGAAUACCAUUCUACUAAUCAAAUCAUUUAUUUGGGAAUCGGCCCUCUAAAUUUAGACGCCCUAUAGAAUUUCUAUCAUUUACAAUGCCUAAUAUUGUUCUACUCUUAGAAAUUUUAAAUUUUUUAACGUCACUACGCAAUUUCAACUUAGACACUGUCAAAAUCAGACAUAUGUACCUUAUAAGCAGCAUACACCCUCAAAAUCGAUUGCAUCUCGAUCUCAGAAAGACGAAUUCUAGUAGAUUUUGUCCUAACAAAUAUAUAACCCCCAAGAUCUGUCUACUAGAAGCUGGAUAUUCAAAGUAGAGCUAAAAUUCUAUUCUCAUAUUUGUCCAUCGCUGUUAUCGAAAUUAUCAUUUUGUCAGUUGCAUUUGGUUUACUUCAACUAACCGCAGACCACGUCUACAACCUUGUCUAGGCGAUAACAAGCAUCGCGCAUAAAUUAAAAACGCAAACCAGAUAAUGGUCAUUGCUUCGAAGAAAAAAAUGACGACAUCUUCAAAGAAAUUAGACGCCAUUGCCGUGGAGAACUUUCGAGAGUACCUGCGGAUACCGUCCGUCCAUCCCGACAUUGACUAUGAGCCGUGCGUUACAUUUUUGGAGAAGCAAGCGAAGGAGAUCGGUUUGAAGGUGUCCGUCUUUCGAGACGUGCCCAAAAAUCCAAUGGUGGUCCUGACGUGGAUGGGCAAGGAGAGCGAUCUUCCAUCGAUCGUACUUAACAGUCACAUGGACGUCGUGCCGGUUUUUGAGGAACAGUGGGCGCAUAAGCCGUUUGGUGCGGAAAUUGACAGCGAAGGGAAUAUCUACGCGCGAGGCGCUCAAGAUUGCAAGUGUACCGGAAUACAGUACUUGGAGGCGAUCAGGAGACUGAAAUUGAACGGAGUUGAACCCCGAAGAACUGUUCACGUUACCUUUAUGCCAGAUGAGGAACUCGGUGGAGUCAACGGGGCGGAACAGUACGUCAAAACUCAAAACUUCAAAAAUUUAAAUGCCGGCUGUGCUUUGGACGAAGCUGCUGGUGGUGAAAAUAAGACGCUAAUUGUUUUCUAUGGGGAGAAAAGGAGAUGGAGUUUUCGCAUUCACUGCCCGGGCCAGUCCGGCCAUGGUUCUCUUUUACUGGAAAAUACACCCGGCGAAAAAGUACGGGCUGUUUUAAGUAAUGUCUACGAUUUUCGUGCCGAACAAAAGGUUAAGGAAGCUCAAGACAAACGUACUGACCGUAUUACAUCGAUUAAUUUAACAAUUAUAGAGGGAGGCAUAAAAAAUAAUGUAAUCCCCAACGAAUUGGCGCUGGUGUUUGACACGCGGGUGCCAAUGGACGACUCUGAAGGGUUUGAAAGGAAGGUCCAUCAAUGGUGUAAAAACGCGGGUGCUGGUGUUUGGCUCGAAGACGUGCAUAAAGGUGGAAAACAUCCAAACACCCCAAUCGAUAAUUCAAAUAUAUUUUGGGUUGCUUUCAAAGAGGCCGUGCAUGCAAUGGGUUAUGGAGUUAACCCGAUACUUUCACCAGCUAAUUCUGAUGCAAGAUUUUUCCGGGAAGCCUUGAUUCCGACCUUCGGAUUUUCUCCAAAUCAAGACAGUCCGAUUAUGGCGCACUCAAAUGACGAGUUCUUAAACGUGAACGUAUUUUUGAAAGGUAUUGAAAUAUAUCAAGAGAUCAUCCGUGCACUUUUCAACGCAUAAGCACACUGUAUUCAAAAAGUAAAAGUGUUUGGUUGAUGAUGUAGUUUUAUCAUCUUCAAAAUCGGAGCCUCACAAAAUUUGUUUCUAUACAUUUUUUCAAAAAACGCCUCGUUUUCCAAUUGUUGAAAGUAAGCAAAUUUUAAAAAAAUCUAAAGCUUGUAUUCCUUUUCCCUUUUGUCUAGGAAUCCUGCCCCACAAUUUUAGUU